GUUCAUAAUAUAAGUGAUAUGCAAAGCACUGUGUUGAUGUGUAGAAUAACCGCUUCCAGAAUUCAAAUCCACUGCCGCCGAAACAAAAGCGGAACUCUCUAAGAUGCUGUAACUAGCUAGCUACAAUGUUUCCAACCAAUUUAUCGUGACUUUAUCGUCUUUUGUAAGUACAAAACUAGCUAGCUAGUCAUAAAACGGAAACUGUUCAUUCUUGUUCAUCAGUAACGUCAUUAGCAUGCUAACGCGUUAGUUAGCUAGCUAAAUAUCUAAAGUUAGCUACUAGCGUUUUUGUUUUUUGCAAGAAAAAGCUAGCUAUAUUAUUGGAUGUGGCAAGACCGAUACAGCUAGCACUAGGUUGAUGGUUAACGCUUGUUUGCGUGGUCAGCUAGUCAGCAAAUGGCUGUUAAUAACAAUCUUUGUUUACAGAGCUAAAGUUAACUAGCUAACUACAUCGUUAGCCAAGGCAUACAUUUAAGGUAGGUAGGUAGUUGUAAACAAACCCAUUUCCCCCAGCCUGUUGCGCAUUAAUGAUGCCCGAAGAAUUUCAAAACAUAUCGGCUUGUUCCGAUCCAUUGACUGAAAAUAAUCAGAAUUCUUUCUUACAUUCUACUUUGGAACAGUUCUUUACUGCAAAAACACGUACACUUAAAAUUGAUAAAACCGAUGCUGUAGCUGUCAUUGAACUUCAGAGAUAUUUGACAGAACAACAAAAUGUUGGACAACAACAACCUCCUGACAGCUACAGCUAUGACAUGAUAGUGACUGAUGGAGUCUGGCAGGCCAAGUGCAUUCUUGACCGUAGUUUAAAUCAUCUGAUCCACAAAAACAUUAUAAGUAGUGGAAUUGAUAUCCACAUCACCCAGUGCUCGUUUGUUUACAAUGAAAGAAGAUUGGGUCAGGGUUGUGUUUGCAUCGAGAAGAUUGAACAUGGUUCAAAGGCGUCUAAUGUGUUGCGCAAGAUUAAGGACUUGGAUUCCCUCCCCAUGAUUUCAAAGGAUGGCUUUGGGAACAUUGUGGCAUUGCAAAGUGAUUCACCCCUGCAGGUGGGCCGCAAGCAUUACCUGUCUCUUUGGAAUAACGAGGAUCCUGAAGGCAGACUAUGGGUUCCAGAUGUCCCCCCAUCAGACGUGGUGCUGGAUGUGUCAAAGAUGACCCUCCUGUGUGAUCUAGAGUCGUCACUCGGAUGCAUGUUUCGACCUCUCCCCCUGAUAGUGAGGGUGAUUCAUAAAUCCAGACUUCGGUAUUAUGGAAAACCUGGACUCAAGAUUAAUUACCCGUACCAGGCCUACUUUGAGGUUGCAGACCAGAGUGGCACCAUGUCCCUUGUCCUGUGGAAUGAGCUGUGCCCAGAAUGGUACCAGAGACUGAAUGUUGGAACUGUGCUCUAUCUCCAAAACUACACUCUCAAGCAGAGCUAUCAGAACAGGUCACGACCUCACAUAGACAACCACAGAAUGAAGAGCUUUCACUCAGUAGAAAUUUGUCUGAAUCCACGGAAUCCCACUGCAGUCCUUACUGUGGUUCCAGCCAAGAGUGUGCCACCUCAAUGGGGCUUGCCCGAGGUUUCCUACCAGUUCACCGUUAGAUCAGAACUGGAGAGCUUGGCCAGCAAUUCUGCAUGUGAUGUCAUUGGCUUGGUAACGUUUGUGAGUCGGGUGGAGAGAAUAAAGUGUAAGGGGAACACAGGCCCAGAAAAAUACUGGACUUACCGCUGGGUCCAUGCAGUGGAUGGAACAUCCAAUAUUCCUUUCAUUUUGGAGAUUUUUGCUUCUUCACAACCAGAAAUAUUCAAUGGGAUAUAUCCAAUGACAUACCUGGUCUGCACUCAGAUGAGGAAGUGUCAAGAGCCAGACUCACUGCCUUACCUCACCAGCAGCUGUGAGACACAGAUAUUCACUACAGGGUAUCACAAGGGCCAGCCCUACGUGUCAGACCCCAGAGUGAAGAGCUUCAUCCAAUGGACCAAGACUCUGAAGGACAGUGUCAUGCUGAAGAAGACUGCUGUUGGUGGCCAUUACUGCUUCCCUCACGCCCCUCUUAUCUUCACACAGUCUGUGGCAGAUGGCUCAGCUCAAGUUCCUCUAGUUGCUGCAAAUGACUUGAAGAGUGAGUUGGAGGGUCUGCAUUAUCGUGAGCACAAGCGGCUGGCAAUCCAAGGACAGGUCAUGGCUGUGCAGUAUGUGACAUUGCCAGAGGAGACUCUGUCAGACCAGCAGAUGGUUCAGUCUGUUGUGGCUGUAUCUGACCCACCCAGUGAUCAGAGGACUGUAGAAGUGACUCAGAUGCUGAUAAACAGGGAAACAGCGCCAUCUAGUGUGCAGAGCUCACCCAGCAGACGGAAAAGAAAACAAGCCAAGAAGAGAGUGAUGAAGCGGCGCUACAUUACUCGUGCCAGAGUGCAAGAGAAAAGAGAGGCUGGCCAUGGCUUAACAGAAGAGGAGCUAAGUGAAGAGGAGAGUGAUUCUGAAACAGAGGAAGUUGGUCCACUAGAAAAAAGAACUGACCAAUCUAGAGCCAGUGGACAACUAGGUCCACCAGGUUUUCCACAGAGUGAAGGCGCUACUGGAGAGGGAUCAGUUGCAGACUGUGAUAGGACGUCGUGGGAAAGCAGCUCGUGGCCGAAGCAGAGACAAGAAGUGUUAGAAUAUUUACAUCCUGGUGGUGUGUGCUCAGAGAGCCUUUCUCAGAGAUUCAGAUUUGAUGACAAGACCCUUCUGCUGCAGCAGAGUAACCUACAUGCUGCUAGAUGGACUCCAGAGCAAACCACAGACACCCUGUCAUCAGUAACCUGCCAAGGAUACUAUAAAAUCACAAUAUUAGGUAUAAACCAGCAGAUGGCCAUCGAUGCUGCCUUUGUUCCUGUGAUGUCAUCUGGGGACCCCAGGUCCUUAGGUCUAACUCAAGACCCCCAUGACAACACACUUCUGUCCUGCCUGUCUGCAGGCUUCAUCUGCCCUCUCGCAGACCCCCUGAGCCAGAGUGAGGUUGCUCUCCCUGAACCAGAGGAGAUUUUAGCAACUGCUGAGGAACUGAAAGACACCCAUCUUGUGUGCAUCCUUGACCUCUGUCAUCUGGGAGGAGAGAAAGUGGAGGUUAUCAUCACCAAGGUGUAUAGAAUGACUGACAUUGCUUUGGUAUAGAUAUUGGACCACAGUAUGUGUUGUCUUGUCUGACAAAUCUGAAAUGAAUGUGUCCUUUGUCAACAUGAUUAGCCAGACACAUUUUAUUGUUAAAUACUGGAAAUAUUUUUGUAUAUAUUUUUUUUAAACUGGGGGUUUGAGUAUUUGGAAAAAACGUAAUUAUAAUUUCAACAACAAAUAAAAAUCAUCACAUUUUAAGAGGA